CGUUGCGAAUUCGUUUUGUUUUCACGUCAGCGCUGUAGCGAUUGACUGUGGGUGUCUUCAUAAAAUCACCCCAGAGCGGUGGAGUAGGAGCUACACGUAGAAGUGAGAUGUAAGAAGGAGUUAAAGGACGGACACAGCUGAGCGGGCAGGAUUAACUCUCAUAAGAAUGCGCCGCGCAGCACGCGCCUGUAGUGUUUAUACAUUUCGACAGGAAGAAAACACACCUCAUUCGAACGACAGUGGUGGCCGGGUGGCGCGAGGCCCUCCAUGGAGACACGUGACACGAGCGCGCGCGCCGACCUCCUCGCGGAUCCCUCCGCGGGCCCCGUUCGAGGGUUGAAGGACAGCUGGCAGAACUGGUGCCGGGAUCAGCGCGAGUACCAGGAGCGCAAUCCCUUCAGCGGUGGCGGUGGCGGUCGGACCACCCCGCGGCUGACGAAGGGCCAGGAGGGCUACGGAAGGCCGCCCCAGGGCUCGAAGACGGAGCAGAGGGGCUUCGAUGCCCACUCGCACGUCGGCAGGGAGGUCCGCGAGCUCUGCGGCAUCAUCAGAGACGUCGGCCGGAGCUGCGAGGACGGAAGCGUGAUCGUGGAGUUUGGGAGACUCUUCGAGCGAUACGUGACCAUCUCCAACAAAGUGGUGGGCGUCCUGCUGCGCGCGCGCCGCCAGGGCCUCGUCCGCUUCCAGGGCGAGAUGCUGUGGCAGGGUCGGGACGACCAGGUCGUCAUCACCCUUCUGCCGUGAAAGGGCAAAGGUGGAACGCGACGAAACCGCAACGUGAAAUCCCCUGUCGUGUCGCCUCCGACAACGCAACGCCAGCGCGCUGCUACCCGCCGGACAAAUCGCCCGCUGCCCGGACCGGGUCGUGCGUUUGGGAUCCCGGACUUGCCUCCCUCCGACUGAAGAAUCAGCACCCGUGGGUCUAGACCACAGCGUCGACAUCCUUAGACUACGGCUCUGCCUGCACGCUAUACAUGUCCACAGUCGCCAGAGUAGAAUGCCCAGGGGAGGUGGACAGCCACUGGUACUCGGACCCCCAGAGGUUUAGUUUUCUCCCCUUCUUUGCUGGGGUUUUUUUGUUUUCCUCUCCACAGUCGCCACAUGGCUCAUGCAAACAGUUCUUUCCAUCUUAGAAAAUGAAAAUCUGUAUUGUACCAUAUUUCCCUCUCUGUUGUACCGCUCUCUGGAACUACGUUCAGCCCUCUGUCAUCUCGGCAGAGAAGCAGCCCUGGGAGCCCACCCGUCCGCAGCAUCUUCCACGGAACGUGUUGGAGCUCACAAUCGUAGGGCUUCCCAAGCUCAACGGAGUUUAAGCAGGGCAGGAUUGGAAAUUCUCAACCCCUCCGGUGUCCUUUGAGGAUGAAGGGCUCCUCCAUUGGUUCCACAAGUAGAAGAAAAUCUAUAAGGUUCUUGCUCAAUGUAAAUCUUGACAUUAGCCAGAGCCUCCUUUCCAGCACCCUCUUGUGCAUUUCCUCUGCUGUAAAACAUCCCCUGAUGCCCUGUCCCUCAGUCCCCUGUUUGCAAAUCGAGAGCUCCUGUCCCACUUCCACACAUAUUGAGGUUUGUUAGCCAAGAAACCGCUCAUCUGAUUUAUUUGACACACGCAGAUAAAACAAUGGGUGAUUUUCCAGCUCUAAAACAUUGUAUAAUUUCUGCAUAAUAAUUUGAAUUAAUGGGAUUUUGCACCCGGGUUAUUUAAGAAUUUAAUGUAUUCCCAGUACUCAGCAAUGUAUCAUUGUCAUAAAACGCGGUAAACGUGUAUCACGGCACAAUCCCACGUUAAUUUCCCGUAAGAAAACAGCUUUUGAAAAGAUAGUCUCUGUAUGGAAAUUUCACAAACGCUAGCAGGCUUGCAUUUCGAAUUAAUAGGAGGAAACAAAAGCACAGGAGAAAAGAGGGCUAGACGAACGAAAGCCAAAGCUGCAUUUCUGACUGCUGGUCUUGAAAUUAGACCGAUAUUAACUUACAAACAGUGUUUCAAAAAGCAAAGAGGCGGAAUCCUUGCAGCAUACAGGUAGAACGUGGUGUGUGAUGUAAUGUAGCCAUAAGAGGGCAAUCCUUCCCUAAGAAAGGUCGUGUUUGGCGCCGACACUGGGACGCUGUCACAUCCCAGUUAGAGGGAGGCGCUGGCAGUGACGGCAGACCAGCAGACCAGCAGACCGCCUUCUGUGCGCUGCUUCUUGCUUACGUUUAAGGUAGUGGGUCCCAAUAAAAACCCUACACUGUUUGAUUUGU